AAUAUAUUUUUAUCACAAAUUGAAAAUAAAAUGAAUGCUUAUAAAGAUUAUAUACAGAAUUUGCGAAAUUUAACUAUGAAGGACGCGUGUCUUCUUUUCAAUACAGAUAUAACUCCAAAUCUAAAGCAGUAUGUUUAUUUGCUCGACAAUGUUAAAUUUGACGACGAAUCCCAUCACGUGUUCUACGGUGAAGUAAAGAAAAUUAUUACCAGCUUCUUGUAUUAUUAUACGGUGACAAUGGAUGAUAUAAUUAUAGAAACUGAUCAAUAUUCGCAUAUUACUGAUAGGAAUGAACUCCUAUGUUUGAUGGAUAAAACUAUAGCUGUACAUCAUAUCCACCAAAUAUCUUUCGGAAAAGAUUUUUUACCGGUCCAGUCGCCAUUCGAAAAGCAAACGUAUGACGAAAUACAAGUAAAGUACAAGAAAUUUACUGAAGAACUUUACUUGCUUAAAAAGAAUAUAGAAAAUCUAGAUAAAAAAGAAAAAAUAGAAAAUUUUGCUAUGAAACAUUUCAAAAUUGCUCUUAUAAAUACGAGUAAUGUUUUUAAGUAUACGCACAAUUAUAUUUCGUUGAUGUUAGCAGAUCGACUACGAGAUAUCCAAGUAAGCUUAGAGGAGAUAUUACUGCGUUUGCGCAAUAAUCUUCGGAGCUUGGAGAAUAAACGUAGUGAGAAAGUAAACCUGUUGCUGAACCAGCUCUAUGACAAGAAUAAGGAACAGCUACAAAUCACAAGACAGCAUAGGAAGUGCUCGAUAGAGUAUGCUGAAGUGAAUAGAGCUAUUAAUGUAAUACAUGAAAAGAUUGAAGAUUGUAAAUAUGACGUACCAAUAUCCAAAUUGCGUGAAGAGGUACAAUACUGGGAGGAGAGAGUAAAGGAAUUUCACAAAAUUGCCGACGGUCUAUGGAAACUGAACGCUGAACGAGCUGAACUGAUAAAACAGGAAGAAAUCUACAAAUCUAUGCAAACUACAGAGUUGCCCGGAUCGAAAUUGCAGUGUUGGGAAAAUAUGGGCGAGAAUUUCAAGGAAAAGAAGGAAGAAAUAAAACAGGCAAUAAACGACGCAGCUAAAACACUGAUAACCUUUUUUUGCGUUAAAGGUAGUGAUCGCAUCUUUUAUAUGGAUGACUUGGGACCUUACUAUUUGGAUGAGUAUAACCAUCAAGUUUACUUCUUCGAUUACGGCAUGAGCAUCUAUCACUUGAACUGCCAGGGAGAUUUUAAAGAAAUUUCUGAUAAAGAGAAAUACCGCUUCGACGAAAACGGACGUUACGUGGAAGACGAAAGUGGUCAGAAGGUAUAUCGCUGUGCUCCGUGCACAAGCACUUAUCGACUGUCCGAGGAUGGACUUCUGACUAAGGUGACGAAGGACUGCGGCCACUCCGAAAUGGUUAAUAAGAAGUGCCGGCUGAGGAUCAAGGACCCCACUGAUGUGGAAAUAUUGCCAACGCAGGAUAAUAUGAAUAUAAAGGGAAAAUUAGACCCAGAGGUGGUAGAAUACCUGUGGAACAGUUUGGGGCAUGUGUUGCCAGAUGCGUUGCACGACGUGGCUCGCGAUCACACCAGAAACCCCAUACAACACCUCGCUCACAAGCUGCUCCUUUAUAAAUACAAUCGGACACGUAUGGAACUACACGAGAAAAUGAAAGAAGCAAAAAAUUACCGCGCCAAUGUUUAUAAGGAACGGAAUGAGAAAGCAUCUAAAGCUAGUCAGGCAUGGAUGAGGAAGCAGGUGAAGCGACGGAAGCCAGAGGAAUCAGACGAUACUCAGGAUAGGUUCGUCUUCGAAGCUCAGAUGGCUGCUCAGGAUUUCAUCAACUAUCUCAAUUAUUUUAACAACUAAUGAACACAAUCAGAAGCCCAUUUUAAAAUAUAGGUGUAAAAUUUCUGGUUUGUUAUUAGACCUCCGGGUUUAGGGGUUUAGCACACCGCCUUACUACAGAUAGUCGUGGGUUCGAUUCCUCACACGGUACAAACAUUUGUAUUCAUGUAUAUGAUUGUUUGUGUCGGUCUGGAAGUUUUCUAUGUAUAUAAUAUAU